AUCUUCCCAGUUAUUUCCCUUAAUUUCUUUUAUCAAGAACCAACAAUUGGUAUCAAGAGCCAUCUUCUUAAGGGACCUAAGUAAAAUCUUUUCUUGAGUGAGAUGGAGACUGAAAUGAGUUUUUCUCAAUUGGCUCCUCCAGUCUUUGAUGGUGAAAAUUACCAACUGUGGGCAGUGAGAAUGGAGACUUACUUGGAGGCUUUAGAUCUUUGGGAGGCCGUGGAAGAGGAUUAUGAUGUUCUUCCGCUGCCUAACAAUCCCACCAUGGCCCAGAUCAAGAGUCACAAGGAAAAGAAAACCAGGAAAUCAAAGGCGAAAGCAACUUUGUUUGCUGGUGUGUCUGCAACAAUUUUCACGAGAGUUAUGGCUCUCAAAUCAGCAAAAGAAAUCUGGGAUUAUCUGAAGGGAGAAUAUACAGGAGAUGAAAGAAUACGAGGCAUGAAGGUGUUGAAUUUAAUAAGGGAAUUCGAGUUGCAGAAAAUGAAGGAAUCUGAGACUGUCAAAGAAUACUCAGAUCGGUUGCUUGGCAUUGUUAACAAGGCACAAGAGCAAAGGAGGCUUAUGAGGCAAGAUGGUAUGGUUGAAGGAGCCCUGACAGCCAACCACAAAACUCAAAGCAAGGGUAAUAAUGUUAAAAAAAAUUCCCCGCCUUGUCAGCACUGUGGCAAAAAAGGUCAUCCACCAUUCAAAUGUUGGAAGAGGCCAGAUGCAAAGUGCAAAAUUUGCAACCAACUUGGUCAUGAAGCUGUAAUUUGCAAAGGCAAAUAUCAAAAGCAUGAAGCAGAUGCCCAAGUCGCCAAUGAAGAAGAAGAAGAUCACUUGUUUGUGGCAACUAUUCUUUCAACCAAAAAAAUCUGAUUUUCGGUUGAUUGACAGUGGUGGUACAAACCACAUGACAUAUGACAGAAAUCUUUUCAAAGAGUUCACGUCUAUAGGAAAUAAGAAAGUCAGAAUUGGAAAUGGUGAUUAUAUUCUUGCUAAAGGAAAAGGAACUGUUGCAAUCCCAACAAAUUCAGGUACUAAGAAAAUUUCAGAUGUUCUUUAUGUUCCUGAUAUUGAUCAAAAUUUAUUAAGUGUUGGACAACUAAUGGAAAAAGGAUUUAAAGUAUCCUUUGAAGAUAAAUAUUGUUUCAUUUAUGAUGCAACUGGACUUGAGAUUUUAAGGGUUAAAAUGAGAGGUAAAAAUUU